AUGGUGAAAUCCCAACACUCGCUUGGUGUGUUCCAAGGAGCAACAUUGAUCCACAAACUCGGGUUUGGCAAAAGACCUCGCUUAGCCGCAGAGGUUUUCAACUUACUUCCGGAUGAUGAAAAGGGCGUAGCCGCGUACACGGCGCUGAUGGAUGUUUAUAGCUCAGCAGGGAGUCCAGAGAAGGCAAUGAAGAUAUUGGGAGAGAUGAGAGAGCGAAAGAUCAUGCCUUCGCUAGGAACAUUCAAUGUUAUAUUGUCUGGUCUUGAGAAAACAAGUGAUUUCCAGAAAGAAGCAGAGUCGUUGAAGAAGGAGAAGAAGAGUCUUGUUGCUACUUCACGUUUCCGGGAAAAUGUCAAUGCUGAUGAGAAAAUCUGUCAUCUUCUGUUUGCUAGAAAUCUGUAA